AAGCUGCCAGAGUUGAAGCCGAUUGGUCUCCGCUUUUCCUUGCCUGUGGCCACUGACAGCACCUCCCAGCCCAGCAGGCCGGCUGCCUGCUCCCCCAGCCAGUCGGGGGGUCUGGGCGCUUGCAGCAGCCUCAGCUCCAUCCCAGCGCUUGCUGGGAGAAACCUGGUGUCCUCACCCACAGAGAGUCUCUUUCUACCUUCCUUCCUUCCCGAUCUCUCUGUGUGCUUUUGGUUUUCUUUCUUUUCUUUUUUUUUUUUUUUUCUUAUUUUUUCUUACUUAAUUAUAUUUGUAAUCCUGGAUGAAGUUGCUGGAUUCCGCAGCACAAGUCUUCAUGAACAAGCGGCAGCACUCAGAGAUUUCACGGCAUUCAGAGGUCACAGAACUGCCACUAUGGUUAAAUGUCUUGUUUAAUGGUUGAGAGGUGUGGCGAAAUCUUGUUUGAAAACCCUGAUCAGAAUGUCAAAUGUGUUUGCAUGCUAGGAGAUGUACGACUGAGGGGUCAGACGGGGGUUCCUGCUGAACGCCGCGGCUCCUACCCAUUCAUCGACUUCCGCCUCCUUAACAAUACAACACACUCAGGGGAAAUUGGCACCAAGAAAAAGGUGAAAAGAUUGUUAAGCUUUCAGAGAUACUUCCAUGCAUCAAGGCUGCUUCGUGGAAUUAUACCACAAGCCCCUCUCCACCUGUUGGAUGAAGACUACCUUGGACAAGCAAGGCACAUGCUCUCCAAAGUGGGAAUGUGGGACUUUGACAUUUUCUUGUUUGAUCGCUUGACAAACGGAAACAGCCUGGUGACACUGCUUUGCCACCUCUUCAACACCCAUGGACUCAUCCACCACUUCAAGUUAGACAUGGUGACCUUACACAGGUUUUUAGUCAUGGUUCAAGAAGAUUACCACAGCCAAAACCCGUAUCACAAUGCUGUUCAUGCAGCUGACGUCACCCAGGCCAUGCACUGCUACCUAAAGGAGCCAAGGCUCGCCAGCUUCCUCACGCCUCUGGAUAUCAUGCUUGGACUGCUGGCUGCAGCAGCCCACGAUGUUGACCACCCAGGGGUGAACCAGCCGUUUCUGAUCAAAACAAACCACCACCUCGCCAACCUGUAUCAGAAUAUGUCUGUGCUGGAGAAUCACCACUGGCGAUCUACGAUCGGCAUGCUUCGAGAAUCAAGGCUUCUGGCUCACUUGCCAAAGGAAAUGACACAGGAUAUUGAACAGCAGCUGGGCUCCUUGAUCUUGGCAACAGACAUCAACAGACAGAAUGAAUUUUUGACCAGAUUGAAAGCUCACCUCCACAAUAAAGACCUAAGACUGGAGGAUGUACACGACAGGCACUUUAUGCUUCAGAUUGCCUUGAAGUGUGCUGACAUUUGCAAUCCUUGUAGAAUCUGGGAGAUGAGCAAGCAAUGGAGUGAAAGGGUCUGCGAAGAAUUCUACAGGCAAGGUGAUCUUGAACAGAAAUUUGAACUGGAAAUCAGUCCUCUUUGCAAUCAACAGAAAGAUUCAAUCCCUAGUAUACAAAUUGGUUUCAUGACCUACAUCGUGGAGCCCCUCUUCCGGGAAUGGGCCCGCUUCACGGGACACAGCGCCCUGUCUGAGAGCAUGCUAAGCCAUCUCGCGCACAACAAAGCCCAGUGGAAGAGCCUGUUGCCCAAACAGCACAGAAGCAGUGGCGAUGGCAGCCCGGACCACAAAGGCCCAGGGACCGAGGCCGAGGAGCAGACUGUGGCCGAAGGCGACGCCCCCUAGUGCCCGGGGCCGGCGCCCUGCUCCGCACACUGAUUGACAGCCUCCUCGCGCAGAGGCCUCUGGGAGGGCGGAUGCUCUGGGGGCUCUUGCUGAUCAACCCGGCCCCUCUCUGGACAUCACCCAGGAGCUCCUCGGAGUCCACCCUCCUCCCACUCACCUGCCUCCCUCCUUUUCCCGAGUGUACAGAAGCCAUCCGUCACCUCAGCAUCAGCUGCCGAAAUGAGCAACUCCAUUCCACGAUGAGGGAGCCGAUUCCAGGGACCGGCUUGGCCCUGGAGGAGACGACUAGGGAGUAAGAAAGAGGUGCUCUUGCCGUGGCCCCUGGGGCCCUGGGUCACACUGUGACGGGCGGCGCUUCCUGAGUCCAGAGCAUUUUAGCCUUGGCCAUCGGACUGCUGAGCUGCAUGACAAAAACACCAGCAUAUUUGGAACUCCAAGGACAUUGGUCUUAAGUGCAAGAGCGCUGGCGAGAGAGAGCGUGAGAGAAAGUACCUUCUAUUUUAAUAAUAAUUAUUAUUAUAAAAUAAUAAUAAAUCUUUUUAACUUUUCUAUUUUGUGCACUAGACAAUGGAUCUAAAACUCUGGACAAAGAUUAUUCAACGUACCCAAACGUGAACAGGGGGUUCAUUGUUUUGUUACGGACUCCAUGCCACUUUGGGUCAGAGAUUUGGCAUCUUCUCAAUUUAAGAAACCACGUGUCCUAUCCGAUGCGAGGGGAAGGUGCUGUACAGUCAUUCCUUUGCACCAUUAGUCAAUCUGUCUUUUAUCAGUAACUCAGAUUCAGUGACAUGUUAUUUUCACACCUGUACAUCUUCUGUAAAUAUCAAGCGCUACUGAUUCCCACGCCAAAAUACAUGAGUAUUAUGGGAUUGCUACCUGUAUAAACAAUGGCACUGUGAACAGAAUACUGUUAGUUUUAAUACAAGAGAAUGCAUUUGUAAAUAUGGUAUAGAGUUUAUUAAUAUACUAUUGUUUGCAGAUAAAGGCCUUAACUUUAAACAUCUUUUCAUCUUCUGAAAGCUGCCCAACUUCAGUCCUCACAGAUGUCCUUCUGAACUGCCUGCCCAUGUCCACCUUGAUGCUUGCCAGCUAAGGUCACAAACCAAAACUGAAUCAAGUCUUUGAGGAAAUAUUUUGGAAACUUCACACGCAUUCCGCUUGAGACCAUAGUGUCUAAUCUAUGGCAGCAAGCAUGGUUUCCUCAGAUGAACAAGACUCAACAAGCCUGAAGUCACUUUCAAUACAGCGAUGUUGCACUCUGUUUUAACAAGCCAGCUGAUUAGCUUGUGUUUCUACGACUCCUGUCAUGGACAUGGUGGUGUGUCAGCCUCACAGGACACAGAGCAGGUCUCACCAACCUUCCAUAACCCUGUCAGCUAACCAUCAGGGACUUCCCUGCUCCCCUCUAACACCAUCAUCUGUUCUGGCUAUAGUACCAAAGCACCUUUGGUUUAUGGUUGGCGUGAAUUUCUUUGGUGUUAAUAGUAACUGGACUUUUCUUUUUCUUUCAUUUCAUAUGAACUACCCAACUGUUUAGCAGACAUUAACAUCAUUUAAGGAAAGAAAAUAUUUCUGUUGUCUGGUAGAGUUUACCUUCCUAGCAGGUUACUGUGGUUAAUUAUGGCUCUAGCUAGCAGAGUCACUUUGGAAUUUUGUUGCCAUUUUUUCUGCAGACACUUGGCUGGAAAGUCAGUUUGUUACAGCAUUCUUCUCUAGUCAACUAAACUCGGCACAUUGAACCUUUUCUUUAGAAGUUCCAGCACAACUAAUGUUAGAUGAAAAUUGGCAAUGCCCCAUUUCUUUUUAUCUUCAACAGUGUGGUAAUGGGGAGAAUGAUAAUAUGAUUGUUUCUGCUACUAUCAAGCUGUUUCACAAGCUGAUAGAACCUCAGCUAACUCUCAUUUCCUAAGUUCAACUCUUUUUUUUUUUCCUCCUAACAUACAAAUGAAAUGUGAGAAACUUGACUGGAUUGUAUUAAGUUCCUGCAGAAAGACCGAGGCUUGCAGAGUUAAGGUUUAGGGUGAAUUGGAAAGUUGGUUGUAGUUUCAUUAAAGUAGGAGAGAUGGUCAGAAGGUACUAAAGCAAGUGUGAAAACCUCAUGAAAUGGGUGGAUAAUAAGUUGAAAUUAUUGAUAUGGGUAAGAAGGGGAGUUGUGAAAACUUAACAAACUUUGGGUUUGUUUUGGGGGCUUUUUUUUUUCUUAUAAUAACUAUGAACUGACAUGAUUCUUUAUGGCUUUAAUACUCUGAAGCUCUUAGCUUGGUGAGUCCUCAAAAGAGAACACAUUGAAUGUAUUUCUGCUUCCAAACUCACUUAUUUUGGUUUGGUGAUGCAGAGAACUUUUGAGUAGUCUAUUUCUAAUUUUCAUGAGAUCAAAUCAAAGAAAGCAAUUACUGAGGAAGAUACAGGAAAGAUAAGGAAGAAGACACGUUUUAGCUAAUGGAGCCUCUCCUUUGAGUUUAGGAAACCUUGUUUAAACAAUAUUUAUAUCAUAAUUUAAAUAAAUAAGACUGGAGGCAUUUUUCGUAGUUCCAAAUUUAUAGGACACAAGUAUUUUAGGUCUUAAAGAAGAACUCACAGAGAAAACUACCAAAUAUCUAACUAUUAAGCCUAUGAAGCAGCUACUAGUACAAUAAAAAUCUGAAGCAGAAUGAGAUGUGAUGCAUAAACUAGUUACAUUUGUCUCCUUCCUUCAACCAUAUGAGUUCCUAGAUCCAUUUUUUUGUAAAAAAAAAAAAAAAAACACAAAGAAUGUGAAAACAUUUGUUUUCUUUUUUCCUGCCUACUGGUGGCUGUCUUGCAAUAUAUCAAUAGAAGGAGUCUGGUUACUAAUUAAGACACAGCUGUUGGAUCAUCCGGGGACUUUAUUUUCACUUUUUUUUUUCCCUUAGACUCUGGAUCGUCACUUGCUGACUUUCCAAGUUUAAUUCCUUCAGUGCUUGAGAAGAAAGGAAUCAAAGGGUUCAGGUAAAGUUAAAAUCAAAAGAGAGAAUAGAUAUCACUGCCAGGCCUGAUGGACAAAGUCUGCUUUUCCUCUUGACAGCACCCACAAACAGUCAGAACGUUUUUCCUGAAACACUGGCCUCCCCAUCACUCCCUGAUAGGCCGAGUGAACAUCCUGCUGUCUUUCUACCUGCCUACGGCUUCCCGCAAUGGGACGGGGAUCGUGUCCUGCAACACCAUCACCAGAUAGUGCUUCCUACAAACCACAGACUUGUUUUGUAAACUUUUCUCAUGUUGAAUCAGAUCUGCUCACUGAUUUGAACAUUGGUUAUGAGCUUGUAUCUCACUAUAUUUCUUAUGCUUUGUUCUUUUACGCAAACCCUUAAAAUUGUGUUGUUUUGUGUACACACGUGAAGUUUGGAAAAAAAACAAACGAACACCUUGUGAGUUUUUGCUCAAAAUGUGGCAUAAAUAUUCAUUGGCAUGUCUAGAUAAACAAUUAAAAAUAAAGAUAAUUUCUUUAAAAUA